GGUUUCUUCUCCUCUUAACGCCGCCUCUUUCGUGUGUGUGUGUAUAUAAACCUUCUAUACCCAUUUUCUCUUCAGAUUCAGAUACUGUUGUGUUUUUAGGGUUUCGAUCGAUAUUGAGGUCGAGACCACUACUAUUAAACAAUCCCAAGAGAUAUUUUCAAUUCGAAAAAAGGAAAAGAAGGAUUUGUGGGUUUUGGAUUUUCGUGUGAUUUGGUUGAAGAUUAGGGUUUAAAUUUAGAUGGGUGAGAGGAAGAGAAAGGUGAGUUUGUUCGAUGUUGUCGAUGAGAGCUCAGCCUCUGCCAAAUUGACGAGAACAAACGGCUUUGGUAUAGUAGUUCACGGAAGCAACAACCCAACGACGUCGUCUAUGUCUAUGGUGAACAGGUGGAAUGGGCGGGUCUACUCGCAGAGGUAUUACGAGAUACUGGAGAAGAGGAAGACUCUGCCCGUUUGGCACCAGAAAGAAGAGUUCCUCCAAGCUUUGAGAGCCAAUCAAACACUAGUCUUGGUUGGUGAAACGGGUAGUGGUAAAACCACCCAGAUUCCUCAGUUUGUUUUGGAAGCCAUUGAAAUAGAGACCACGGAUAAGCGCAGGAAGUUCAUGGUUGGUUGCACCCAACCUCGAAGGGUUGCUGCUAUGUCUGUUUCUCGUCGAGUUGCUGAAGAGAUGGAUGUAACUAUUGGAGAGGAAGUUGGCUAUAGCAUUCGUUUUGAAGACUGCAGCAGUGCAAGAACAGUUUUGAAGUAUCUAACAGAUGGUAUGCUUUUAAGAGAAGCCAUGACCGAUCCACUUUUGGAACGGUACAAAGUGAUAAUCCUUGAUGAAGCUCAUGAAAGAACUUUGGCAACUGACGUUUUAUUUGGACUUCUGAAGGAAGUGCUGAAAAACAGACCCGACCUAAAACUAGUUGUAAUGAGUGCUACUCUUGAGGCAGAAAAGUUUCAGGGAUAUUUCAAUGGGGCACCUCUUAUGAAAGUUCCUGGUAGACUUCAUCCGGUGGAGAUUUUCUACACCCAGGAACCUGAGAGGGACUACCUAGAAGCAGCAAUUCGUACGGUUGUGCAAAUACACUUGUGUGAGUCCCCUGGUGAUAUACUUGUUUUUCUUACUGGGGAGGAAGAAAUAGAAGAUGCAUGUCGCAAAAUAUCAAAAGAAAUUGCAAAUUUGGGAGAUCAGGUGGGGCCUGUGAAAGCAGUUCCUCUGUAUUCUACGCUUCCUCCUGCUAUGCAGCAGAAGAUCUUUGAUCCUGCUCCCCCUCCAUUAUCAGAUGGUGGUCCUCCUGGAAGGAAGAUUGUUGUAUCAACAAACAUUGCGGAAACUUCGUUGACCAUAGAUGGUAUUGUUUACGUCAUAGAUCCCGGGUUCUCUAAACAAAAAGUUUAUAAUCCACGAGUGCGCGUUGAAUCUUUGUUGGUCUCUCCAAUAUCGAAGGCAAGUGCACACCAGAGGUCAGGACGUGCUGGAAGAACACAACCGGGUAAAUGUUUCAGACUCUACACUGAGAGAAGUUUCAAUGACGAUCUUCAGCCACAGACCUAUCCAGAAAUACUGCGAUCAAACCUUGCAAAUACGGUCCUUACCUUGAAGAAACUGGGGAUAGAUGACCUGGUCCAUUUUGAUUUUAUGGAUCCUCCUGCCCCAGAGACGUUGAUGCGAGCAUUAGAGGUUUUGAAUUACUUGGGAGCACUGGAUGAUGAUGGAAACUUGACCAAACUGGGUGAAAUUAUGAGUGAACUCCCCUUAGAUCCACAGAUGUCAAAGAUGCUUGUUGUCAGUCCAGAAUUCAACUGUUCAAAUGAAAUUCUGUCAAUAUCUGCCAUGCUUUCAGUACCCAAUUGCUUUGUCCGGCCUAGGGAGGCUCAGAAAGCUGCAGAUGAAGCAAAAGCUCGGUUUGGGCACAUUGAUGGGGAUCACCUCACGCUCUUGAAUGUCUACCAUGCUUACAAGCAAAAUAAUGAGGAUCAAGCUUGGUGUUACGAAAAUUUUAUCAAUCAUAGGACACUGAAAGCAGCUGAUAAUGUGAGACAGCAGUUAGCUCGGAUCAUGGCCAGGUUCAACCUCAAGCUAUGCAGCACAGAUUUUAACAGCCGUGACUACUACAUCAACAUUAGGAAGGCUAUGCUAGCUGGAUAUUUCAUGCAGGUGGCUCAUCUGGAGCGCGCUCGACACUAUCUGACUGUUAAAGACAAUCAGAUGGUUCAUUUGCAUCCUUCUAAUUGCCUGGAUCACAAGCCAGAUUGGGUAAUUUAUAACGAGUAUGUCUUAACAAGCAGGAAUUUCAUCCGUACAGUAACAGAUAUUCGUGGUGAAUGGUUAGUUGAUAUAGCACCACACUACUUUGAUCUUGAAAACUUCCCCCAAUGUGAGGCGAAGCGUGUCCUUGAGAAGCUUUACAAGAAACGGGAGGCAGACAGAGAGGAGAGCAGGAACAGAAAGUAAAUGUCUAUUUGCCGAAUUUUGAUUUUUUUUUUCUCUUCGAUGUUCUGAUGGUUGGUUAGGAGGCUGGAAUUCCAGAGCAUGGGAAAGUUAUUUUGUAACACUUUGUAGUUAAGAGUUCAAACUGUACGAACUUCACAUAAUUAGGCUUGAAUGUGGUUUCUUUUAUAUUUAUAAUUUAGGUGGUUCCAACUUUGCGAUGGGAAUGCAACUGAUUUGGUUUAA